GGAAGUUAAAGGUCGAUCUAGCCACAACAACAGUAUGACAGAUUGAUACCUGAUAGAGGAACAUUAGGGGGACUCAAAAACCGCAGCGUGUUGUUGUAGUUUAGUUAAUUAUUGUGUAAAAGGAACAAUGGCAACCACAACUUUUGGUGUAUGAAAAACAGCGUAGGAUUUUAUACUAACGGACUACAGAAAGAAAUAAGCAACCACCGGAUGAAGAAGCAUUACCAGGAUGGCAGGAGUGUUCGACAUAGACUUGGAGACUGAGGACAUCAGCGAUACAGAGGAUGAUGUCUGUGACUUCACUGUGACAGAACCAGAGAACAUUCAGACAGAGGAGGUGGAGCUGACCAGUGAGAGUGUCAACAGAGACAGUGAGAGAGUUGGACCUGACUGCUUUGAGCUUCUUACUGUGCUGGGAAAAGGAGCCUAUGGCAAGGUUUUCCAGGUUAGGAAGGUUCAAGGUGCCCAGAUGGGGAAGAUAUUUGCCAUGAAGGUCCUGAAAAAGGCUAAGAUAGUGUGUAAUGCUAAAGAUACAGCCCAUACACGAGCAGAGCGGGAGAUCCUGGAGACAGUGAGACACCCAUUCAUUGUGGAUCUGCUCUACGCCUUCCAGACAGGGGGAAAACUCUACCUCAUACUUGAGUGUUUAAGUGGAGGGGAGCUGUUCAUGCAGCUGGAGAAAGAAGGCAUCUUCAUGGAGGACACUGCUUGUUUCUAUUUAGGAGAGAUCACAUUGGCUCUAGGUCACCUCCAUUCUAAUGGGAUUAUUUACAGAGAUCUCAAACCUGAAAACAUCAUGCUUAAUCACCAAGGACACAUCAAGCUCACUGACUUUGGCCUCUGUAAGGAAUCAAUUCAUGAUGGAACGGUCACACACACCUUCUGUGGCACCAUAGAAUACAUGGCUCCAGAGAUCCUGACCAGGUCAGGUCACAACAGAGCAGUGGACUGGUGGAGCCUGGGGGCCCUGAUGUACGAUAUGAUGACUGGAUCACCUCCAUUCACAGCUGAAAACAGGAAGAAGACAAUUGAUAAGAUUUUGAAGUGUAAACUUAAUUUGCCCCCAUACCUGACCAUUGAUGCAAGGGACCUCAUCAAGAAGCUGCUGAAGAAGAAUCCAGCCCAAAGACUUGGCUCUAGUAAAGCAGACUAUGCUGAUAUCCAGAAACAUCCUUUCUUCAAGCAUGUUAACUGGGAUGACCUGCUGAACAAGAGAGUGGAGCCGCCAUACAAGCCACAACUGCAGUCAGAUGAGGAUGUGAGCCAGUUUGACACCAGGUUUACCAGACAGACACCAGUGGACAGUCCAGAUGACACCUCACUCAGCCACAGUGCAGAGCUUGCCUUCGCUGGUUUCACCUACGUUGCUCCAUCGGUUCUAGAGAGUCUAAAAGAAGGCUUCUCAUUUGAACCCCGAACACGACCUGUACGUCGACACAACAGCAGCCCACGCACACCCAUCAGUCCUCUGAAAUUUUCUCCUGCUGGACCCUUCAAGUCCAGCAUCGACGGAGAGCCAGACCUUUUCUCUCCCACCUCUCCACCGGCAGCUUCAGUUCAUGUGCCACUGGAAAAUGGGGCUGCCAGUCAGCCGAUCAGGACCCCUGCAAGGAACAAGAAGCAGAAGGGACAUCGGAGAUGAGGAGGAAAUAUUCAGAGCACCAGCCUGUGCUGCAAGACUUUGGUCAGAUUUAUAUUUUCUAUAGGCACAGAGCUGAAGUGUUUUGGUUUUUUUUUUGGUAUCGUUCUUUUUUGAAGUGAUUAACUUAGGUCCCUUAAAAGCUGAAAGCUAUCAGUUUGCUUUUUUCCUUCUUUUCUUCAUAUUCAUUUUAGUACAUUAAUACAGGCACAGGGCCUACUACUUGGGGCUUCCUGGAUCUUCAUGGAAUUUUAAUGCUUUUACUUUGACAAACAAGAACCAUUGAAGAACCAUUUCAUCAUUGUUUUGUCAUUGUUCUCAAAUGGUCACUGUCCACAUUGUGGACAGCUUUAAUUUACAGCUUCAAUAUACUGUAUCUGCACUGGUAGCUCUGUCACACUAUGGCAUUAAUAUUUGGAAGACUUGUGUAAAAUAUACAUAAAAAAUAUUCAAUUCAAAUAACACUAGAAAGAGGGCAACAGACCGACUGAUUUUCUUCACAAACUUCCCUAAAUGCAUUAUGAAAAUCAAGGUCAGUUAAGUGAUGGAUUGACUACAUGCUAUGAUUACAGCAAAAGGAAGCUGUGAUGUAAAGUUUUCUGGGUUUAAGUAGUUCAUCUGCUUUUAAUUGGUUCAUCAGAGUUUGUGCAAGAGUUUGUCGGCUAUCACAGCGUACAUUUUAAUUAGAAAACUGAUGAAUGAUCAUUUGAUUGAAGUUCUGAUUCUUUUCCAUGAAGGUCGAGACCUGCUGACCUUCAGCUGUCAGGUUGUCAAGUUUUCAACUUUAGGCUGCAUAACCUUAAAGAAGUAAGAUUAGGUUGUGUGUUGAGGUGGGACUAUUGUAUAGAUGUCUUCUGAAUGAAUGCUACAUCACACACACAAUAAGGUAUUCAUGAGUGUGAUAUUUGAUCUGUAGUGAACACUUCUCUCUGACCAUAUGACUUUCUUCAGUGUUUUUCAUUUCAUGCGUCUUCAUGUCUACUGCCAAAGUUUUUCACACAUGCUAUCCUCAUAUUGUACAAAUGGACCAAUCACGCAAUAGAGUGCACUUAACAAGGGAAAUGUUAUAUGUUACCAUAUUUCACAUAAAUAUACAUUCAUAUAUCGAAAUAAUGUAUAAAUGUUCAAAGCAGGCUGUUAAAAGUGGUGCUCUCAGACAACAAAUUGUAUUGUACAAAAAGAGUAUUUUGGGUUACUGAACAAACCUAUUUUUACACAUCAAACCUAGGCCAAAUAGUAUUUAUAAAAAAAAUCCUAGAUAUUUUAAAGUGUUCGAUUGCCACUGCCUGACACUGUUGUGCUGGGUUAGAUCACUGGAGACAUGCUCAGUCAAACACUAAUUCAGCACUGUGAAGGAUCACAGAAAGGUUUUGACAUCUUUUGACAUAAUCAUUUUUUCAGAGAUACAGUGAUCAUAGGUGGAGAUGAGCUCCUGGCCUAAUAUCACUAUGUGCUGUAUUCGUUAUAAUUAUAAACACAGAAGAGAAGCUUGCAUGAAUCUUAACUCGCAAAAAACACAGGUAACUCCUCAAGGUAGCUCAGGUAAAAUGAGUGCAAAUAUGAAAUAUUAAUCAAGGGAAUAACAAAUUGUAACAUACAUGCUGAAUGGUAAAGUAAUCUGAACUACAUAGCUUUAAAUCAUUGCCUCCAAAGCAGUGAUAUCAAAGAUUAUGGAGACAGGCAAGUUUUGUAUUGAGUAAAGAUGGGGCAAAAUGGGAACAUUUCUAUGAUGGAAACAUGCCACAAAUUUACAUGAAUAAAAUGGCUAAGAGUGUAAUAUACUUACAUUUGUUGGUGAAAUCAUCCAUUUGUUUCCAAGCUUAAACAUACUGCCUGUCCAUCAUGAUCUUUACUGGAGAAUAAAGAAUGUAUUUUACCAGGCGUCAACGAUCCUUUGAAUUGUAUAAAGACCCGAAGUUCAAUGUCUGUAUUAUAAUGUAUAAUAAUAAUACAUGAUGAAAUAAAUAAUCAUUUGAAUAAAUGCAGAUAGAAUAUGUAAUAAUUCAUGAAAUAGUUCAUUGUGUUAACAUUGUCAUAGUGAGUGUUUCAGUACACUGACUUUAGCAUUCAGCUAAAAAGCACCGCUGUGUCUCAAGUACAGCUCCACAGAGCCACGAGCAUGGUUGUAGAUUCAACUAGAAUAACUCACUGGAAUGAAAAAAAGUCUGGAAGAGGAACAUUUGGAAACUUUUGGAAAUAGAAACAGAAAUUGUUGUUUUUGUGAAAAGAAGCAAAAUUAAAUGACAUUUCAUAAUAAUAAGCAGUAUUUUUAGAAUGUAUUGGAUUAUUCUAAUUUCAUGGUUAUAUAUUAUGUUUGUAGUUGUUCAUAUGAUAAUUGCACCUUUAUUUAUUUAAUAUUGGAAGUCUUUGGGUCUCCAAAUUAGCAAGAUGCCUUCUUUUUUUUGUUGUUGUUGAAAGGAUGAAUAUUGUUUUCCUGUUCUUGUUUGCAGGUCUCUCUAGUUCACAGUAACAGGUCUUACAUAGAAGGUUCUUAACUUGUCCUCAUAUCACACUUGAUACCUCACCCCCCCUCCCAUUCAACCCCCAUCAUCUGUAACCAUUGUUACACUCUCUCAUUCUUUCAGUUUUGUAGUUUUACUAAUGUGUAAUCUAAGAAUUAUGGAUUUCAGCUUCAUUUUGUGAUCAUUGCUGAUUUUGUCUGUUUUGUUGUGUGUUCUUUCUACUAACUGAUGAUUGUAAAAAAAAAAAAAAAAAAAGAUUGCUGAAUUGCUGUGUUAGGAAAUGUAUUUAUUCAAGUCCUGGAAUUUUCUGGUUUGAAAUAAAAGUUAAGAUCAC